GGCGCCCGUCCGUGGCAGUAUGACUCGGACGGGCGCUCUCGCCGGUCGGCCCCGUUCGCUCGAUCCGCGCGCUCCUGCGACCGCGCUCCCGCCCCGAGAGCUCCGCGUCCUCCCGGCCGCGCGCUUCACCUUGUGCACCUCCUCGUCGUCGUCCUCCUCGGCGGCGAGCUGCAGCCGGGUGCGUGUGCCCCAGCGUCCCCCCCCCCCCCUCUGCGUGCUCGUCCCGAUGGCGACGUCGCCCGCGGGCGGGCCGACGACGCCGGCCCAGCGGUCGUGGUGACGCGACGCCUGACAUGUCGGUGCGCCGUCGUCGCCGUCGUCUGGAGGGUCGCCGUCAUGGUUGGUGACGCGCCCCCGUGCGCCCCCGGACCCGCCGCCGCCGCCCGUAGAGAAGCACACGGAGCACUUUGUGGUGGAGCAGUCCAGGAGCGUCCGUCACCCGGCCGACGAAAAGCACCGCACGUCAGCGCCAGCUCAGGUGCUGUGGAAUGGGAGCCGCCGGUGCUGGGCGGGGCGGGCGCGCGCUGCCGGGGCGCUGGGCGCUGCUGCUGCUGAUGGUGUUCGUGACGCUGCCCUGCUACGUGUGGUACGCGGUGCAGCAGGACCUGGCCCGGCCGGCCGCCGCCGCCGCCGCCGCCUCGCCGCUGACGCCGCCGCCGCCGCUGCCUACGCCCUUGCCGCCGUACCAGCUGCUCAACGAGAGCGAGCCGCCGCCGCUGGAGGAGCUCGCCGGCCUGGCGCACGACGACGACGGCACGCUCGUGGACCUGCGCGACUUCCGCUGGCUGCUGGGCGGCGCCGCGCCCGCUCGCUGCCGCCCGCUCGUGCUCGUGCUGGUGCACACCGCCCUGGGCCACACCGCCAACCGCGCGCUCAUCCGCGAGACCUGGGGCUCGCGGGGGCUGGCGCCGCACGGCGAGGUCCUCGUCCGCUUCCUGGUCGGGCAGCCCUCGGGCGCGGACGCCCAGGCCGUGCAGGGUGAGAUCGCCCGGGAGGCGGCGACGUUCGGCGACGUGGUGCAGGGCUCGUUCGUGGACGCGUACCGCAACCUGACGUACAAGCACGCCAUGGCGCUCAAGUGGUUCGCCACGCUCUGCCCGGAGGCCACGUACGUGCUCAAGGUGGACGACGACACGCUCGUCAACACGCCCGUGCUGCUCGACUACGUGCGGAACACCAUGUCGCCGUUCGGCGCGCGCCGCCUGCUGGCGUGCACCGUCCUGGAGCACGCCCGCCCCAAGCGGACCUGGCGCUCCAAGUGGCGCGUCGGCUUCCGCGAGUACCGGCGCGACGAGUACCCGACCUACUGCGCCGGCUGGGCCGUGCUCUUCUCCCCGGACGUGGCGCUCGCGCUCUACCGCGAGGUGCAGCGCGAGCCCUACUUCUGGAUCGACGACGUGCUCGUGACGGGCGUGCUCGCCGAGCGCAUCGGCGUGACGCACGCCUCGUGGACGGACGUCGUCCUCACCUCGGACGAGCUGCCCCGCGUGCUGGCGGGCGACCUGCGGCCCACCUUCAUGGUGGCGCUGUGGUACGACGUGGGCCUCGACAUGGACAAGCACCGGCUCCUGUGGCGGCGCAUCCUGGACGACGUGUCGGCGCCGGCCAGCGUCGUCAACACGACCAGGGUCGCGUGGGGGGCGACGUCGUCAUGAGGGGCGCGUGCCCCGCCCGGAGCAGUCGCAGGGGCGUGUUAAGGGCGGGCGGCGGGGCGGUGUAUCGAAAGUUGCCUACAUACAAUGGUGUUGUAGGUCAAAUUGCCUACCUUUUGGCGGCUGUCUAGUGGACCACAGAGAGGGGGGGGGUCGCCCCUACCGCCUCCCCCCCCCCCCCUUAAUACGCUCCUGAGUAGUCGAUAUUUGGACAUUUGUGUGAUCUCGUCUACAAACAUUCAAUCGACCUACUUUUGUGUCAUUCAUUUCGGGAAUUUUGUUUUAUUUAUUGUUGUUAAUUUUAUUUUGUUUCAAUUUGUUUAGGUGUCAAAUGCCAUGUGAUACAUGUCAAGAUGUGAUGUAGGAACAAAAGACUUGUUCUCGAUUUUAGUCUGCUGCCACUAAAAAAAUAUAUGACAAUAUAUUGAUUUAUGUGGUUUGUGAUACCCAAGACUGAUAGAUAGUGAUUUAUGACACUAUGACUGUGACUGGAACUUGUACUGCAGGCAGUGCAUCUUGAGAAAAUGUUAAUUUCCCAAUUUAGUUAGGGUAGUUGAAGUUUAAAAUUAUCAACUGUGGUCUUUUUACAUUGUUUAUAGGACGUAACAUUAUAUUGUUGUAUGUUCGUAAAAAUAGAAUACGCAAAGGUAAAAUUUCAACUUUACUAGUUAUUUUUCUUUUCUUAUUACUUGUGCCUGUUUAUUGUGUCUAUGUUUGUUCUUGUUUGCAAGUCAGAUUGUGUUUUACUAUACCAUGUUGGUUUUACACUAGAACCCAACUUAGCUUUAAUGUUUUUUUGAAGACCAGUUUGUUUUUAGUUAUACCAAUACAAAGUGUACUUUGACAUUGAUCUCAAGUAGAUGUUUAUAAUUUAUAUGAUAUGAUCAGUCACAGUUUAGGAUUUCCCAAAGAAAGAAAGCACAUCCCGGCAUGGACAUUUUAAUUGUAAAGUUUGAAAUGGACAGGCAAUUUUUUUUGUAUGUAAGCUUGCACACAUUAAAUGUGAUGCAGCCUUUGAAUGAGAGUGAACACUGGCAAAUUUACCACUAAAGAAAGUUUCAAAAAACUGCUACAUGUAACAUUAAUACGAGGAAAUAAAGAAACAGGUGUAUGGUUGGCUGGAAGAAGUAUAA